UGCCAAACCGUCUCUUUUACGUCACAUCCGGAGAAGACACCGAAGCUGGUCUAGAACUCUAGUUCCCUUUCCUUACGCUAGCGUACGGACGCUCUAUCAUGGCGUCGAACUCCACUUGCCGCUGCUCCGCGCUACUCAAUAGUCUUUCUCGACUCCACACUCGUUCGCUUUAAAAGGUUCAGGCGAGUGCGGGGAGAGAUCGAGAUCCCGCCACUGCCGCCUGCUGGGGGGGAGAAACUAUCGCGUUAUUCUCCCUCCUUCGGUUUCACCUCAAGUCAGGAAAGAGUUAACUUUACUAGUUUAGGAAUCAAGCCGAACGCCGGGCGGAAGUGACGCGUGUUACCAGCCCUAGGUUGGGUGGGCGAAAGUAGUUUCCGGUUCCGGUAAAGAAGCUGGGGAAGAAAGAAGGGGGGAGGGGGAGAGUGCGGUGGGGUCUCCCCCUCUCUUCGGCGAGGUUCUCGCGCCGUGGCCAUGGAGUUCCCUGGAGGAAAUGAGAAUUACCUGGCUAUCACCGGGACAACGCACCCCUUUUUGUCAGGGGCCGAGACUUUCCACACGCCAAGCCUUGGGGACGAAGAGUUCGAGAUCCCACCCAUAGCGCUGGACGCCGAUCCCUCCCUGGCUGUUUCUGAUGUGGUUGGGCAUUUUGAGGACCUGGGCGAUCCUGUGACCGCCCCAGACACCACCUUCUCCGCCCAGUAUGGGGUGCAGGCACUUGACAUACCCGUGGGCAUUAGCCAUGGCCUUAUGGAGCAAGGGGGUGGGCUUCUGAGUGGCAGCUUGGCUAUGGAUUUGGAUCACCCCAUGGGGACUCAGUACAGCGCCAACCCACCCGUCACCAUCGACGUGCCUAUGACGGACAUCAGCGCUGGCUUAAUGGGGCACGGCCAGCUGACCACCAUCGACCAGUCAGAGCUCAGUUCUCAGCUGGGUCUCAGCCUGGGGGGCAGUGCCAUCCUGCCCCCCACAGCCCAGUUGCCGGAGGAGCGGCUCUCGCCCACCCCGUCGCCCACCAGUUCUAUGCACGAGGAAGAAACGGAAGAGAUCAGGCGGCAAGUUUCCAUUGCCAAACCGACGGUGAUGACUCUGGCAGCGCCGACGCCGGUCGCGGUGCCCCCGGUGGUGCUGGAGACGGGGAAGAAGCAGAAGCCCCCCAAGAAACAGAAGAAGAAGAAGGACCCCAAUGAGCCCCAGAAGCCCGUCUCGGCCUACGCCCUCUUCUUCCGCGACACGCAGGCGGCGAUCAAGGGGCAGAACCCCAAAGCCACCUUCGGCGAGGUCUCCAAGAUCGUCGCCUCCAUGUGGGACAGCUUGGGGGAGGAGCAGAAACAAGUAUACAAGCGGAAAACGGAGGCGGCAAAGAAGGAAUAUCUGAAAGCGUUGGCGGCCUAUCGUGACAACCAGGAGUGUCAGACGGUCGUAGAAACAGUGGAACUGGAUCCCAUCUCCUCACCGUCUGAGCAGCCAGCCCCUGCCGUGGAGUCGGCUUCCCCGCCAGCCCCAACACUGCCCACCCCGCCAGCGCUCGAGAGCCCCCCGCCUCCUCCAACCAUCGUCUCGACACAGCCCACCGUGGUAGUGACCUCGGGGGGCGGGCCCCAGGCGGGGGGCCAGACCAGCAUCACCAAGAUCAUCAUCCCCAAGCAGAUGCUGCCCUCCUCCUUGGCCGUUACUUCACAAGGGGGCGUGGUGACGGUCAUCCCUGCUACAAUGGUGACCUCGCGGGGGAUCCAGCUGGGACAGGGGACCACCCAGAUCGUCACCCGCUCGGUCCUGGCGGCGGCGGCAGCGGCAGCAACUUCCAUGCACUUGCCGCGGCUCCAGCCCCCGCCCCUUCAGCAGAUGCCUCAGCAGCCCCCAGCCCAGCCGGUCACCAUUCUGCAGCAGCCGCCUCCUCUCCAGGCCAUGCAGCAGCCGCCCCUGCAGCAGAAGGUGCGCCUGAACCUCCAGCAGCCGCCACCCCCCUUGCAGAUCAAGAUCUUGCCCCCGCCCGCCUUGCAGAUCCAGCCUAUUGCCCUGCGGACAGAAGAAGGCAGCCCCGAGAGGCCCAGCGCUGAGAUCCAAGCUUCCCCAGAGCCCGUUGACGUGGUGCCAGAGGUGGAGUCUCCAACGCCGAUGCACGUGGAGCUAGUCUCUGGAUCACCGGUGGCCUUGUCUCCCCGACCUCGCUGCGUCCGGGCAGGCUGUGACAACCCACCCGUGGCCAACAACGACUGGGAUAACGAAUAUUGCAGCAAUGAGUGUGUGGUGAAACAUUGCAGGGAUGUGUUUCUAGCUUGGCUGGCCUCCCGCAAUUCCAACAACAACGUUGUCUUUGUGAAAUAGCCCCCACCCUUUUGGGGCAGGAAUUGGGGGGUGGGGUGGAGAAAAACGAGUUUUGUGUUCCUACGUACUUUUUUUCCAAGGACGACCAAAAGAAUAAAAUAAAAACAAAUCGCCAUGCUACUGUGGGAUGGGGUGGGCAGGCAGGAUUGGUUCAUUGGCUGGAGCCCAUCUACAAGCGAAGACAUGGUCCUGUUUGGUGCUGCACACUCUGCCCACCUUAUUUUUCUUUUUCUAUACGCCAUCUGUUGGUAUGUUUCUGUUGAUGGAGCUAAUUAAAGCUGGAAGAGGGAUAUUG